AUGAGGUGGCAAUUGUUCGAGGCGGUCUCAUUGAUGGGACUGUUGUCGCUGACAUCGAUUGUAAACACAGUGGGGAAGAAGCAUCCGCAGGCAGCGGAGAAGAAACACCCGCAGCCGGUGGAGAAGAACCACCAGCCGGCCAAGGAAGCAGAGCGCCUGGACACUGCGCAGAUGCUGCAGCAGCACGGCUACCGGGUGGAGGAGCACUACGUCGUCACGGAGGACGGCUACGUGCUGCGCCUGUUCCGGAUACCGCCGCGCCACCGUCCUGUCGACAUGCCGCCGGUGCUGGUGCAGCACGGCCUGCUCUCCAGCUCCGACGACUGGGUCGUCAGCGGGCCCGCCAAGGCGCUCGCGUACCUCUUGGCUGACACCGGUUUCGAUGUCUGGCUGGGGAACGGCCGCGGUAACGUCUACUCUAGGCACCACGUCCAUCUGAACACCAAACAUUCCAAAUUCUGGAAAUUCAGCUGGCACGAGCAGGGGGUGUACGACAUCCCAGCUGUGAUCGAUCACAUCUUAUACACAACAGGACAUCGAGACCUCUUCUACAUGGGCCAUUCCAUGGGCACCACCAUGUUCUUCGUCAUGGCGUCCGAGAAGCCUGAGUACAACAAAAAGAUCAGGGCUGCAUUCCUCAUGGCACCGGUGGCCUACAUGCGCCACAUCACCAGUCCAUUACUGAAGCUGUUUUCAGAAUUUGAAGGACCGUUGACGGUCUUGUUGGAGAUGGUAGGAGUAGACGAAUUCGAGCCCACCAAUGAGAUUACGAAGAGGGCAACCGACAUUGUCUGUAGCGACCGCUCUUUGGCGCAAAAUGUGUGCAACAACGCCAUCAUCCUCGUCGCUGGUUACAACGGAAAGGAAAUCAACGAGACAAUGCUACCCGUCUACCUGGCGCACUCACCGGCAGGAGCGUCUGUCAGGCAGCUCGACCACUACGCCCAGGAGAUCCGAAAUGGAGGCCACUUCCGGCAGUUCGACUUCGGGCCAACGGCGAACCGCGAGCGCUACGGCAGCCGCGUCCCUCCGGACUACCGGCUGUCCGCCGCCACUGCGCCUGUCGCCUUGUACUACGGGAACAACGACUGCUUGGCCCGCGAGCAGGAUGUGAAGAAAGCAUAUAAGGAAUUGAAGAACCCCAUUGGAUUAUUUCGCGUAGAUAUGGACGAGUGGUCGCAUCUGGAUUUCAUUUGGGGAAUCCAUGCAAAGGAGCUCGUCUACGAGAAGAUAUUCGAACAAAUGACGCCUUUCUUGCACCACCCUUUUAACAAAACCAGGAGACCGUAA